AUGUUGGUGGGAAGUCUGUCGCCAACGGCAGAUUGGAACCUGCUCAAUGACAAGUUCUACUGCAAGCAGGAAGUUUACUCCAUGACAUGGAGGGGAGUGGACCUUUCCAAGCUUACUGUAGUUGUGGCACCCUUUGGCGGACCGAUAGCGGCCAUAAGGGACGACAGGAAGAUUAUGGCGUUACGCGGCCAAACGACGCAACCCGACCUUCGCAUAUAUACUUCUGCCGGAAAUCUCAUCACACAGCUUCAAUGGGAUAAAGGGCGAAUAAUAGGGCUGGGGUGGACGAAUACGGAACAUCUCCUGUGUGUACUGGAAGGAGGGUUGGUCAGGGUCUACGACAUUCACGGAGAGUUUAUUCAGUUCUCGUUGGGCGAGGACGCCAAAGAGCACGGAGUGGUGGAGUGUCGUUUAUGGGACACUGGGCUGGUUGCGCUGACGGGAGACUUCAAAUUCGUGGCGAUCACGAAUCUUGAUGAGCCACGACCGCAGUACUUAGCCGACCCUGGGAUUACGCAGGCACCGUACUCGUGGACUGUUCUGUCACCUCAGCAAACGCUGAGCCGGCAUUUGGAGGUGUUUCUGGCUGUGAAUGCCACUGUCAUAGUCCUGGAUUCAGCGACUGUGCAAGACCAGUCUUUGACGCAAGGACCGUUUCUUCGGAUGUCGGUGUCACCGAAUGGCAAGUUUCUUGCCCUGUAUACCUCCGAGGGUAAACUGUGGGUAGUCUCGACCGACUUCCAGAAAAAUCUGGCGGAAUUCUCAACCAACUCCGCAAAUCCCCCGACACAGAUGACCUGGUGCGGGACGGACUCGGUAGUCCUGCAUUGGCCUGGUACCGUUCUCAUGGUCGGGCCCUUUGGAGAUUGGAUCAAGUACACAUACGAUGGCGUUGUUCACCUUGUCACGGAAAUUGACGGUCUACGCAUCAUCAGCAACGACAAGUGCGAAUUUCUUCAAAGAGUACCUUCUGCGACCGAAUCCAUUUUUAAGAUCGGAUCGACAGCGCCUGGCGCCAUUCUUUUUGACGCAUAUGAACAUUUCGAGAAAAAAAGCCCACGGGCUGACGAAAACAUUCGAAAUAUCAAAUUCGAAUUAGCUGAAGCGGUCGAUACUUGCGUCGAAGCCGCAGGGCACGAGCUGAAUGCACCGCGCCAACGAGCGCUACUGAAAGCCGCCAGUUUUGGGAAGUGCUUCCUGGAUUCAUACAACGCCAAUCACUUUCUCGCGAUGUGCAAGAGCAUCCGUGUUCUCAAUGCGGUCCGGAACUUUGAGAUCGGGAUACCUUUGACAUUUGUGCAAUACGAGCGGAUCACCCCGUCUGUGCUUGUGGAUCGUUUGGUGAUGCGUCACCACCAUUUGCUGGCAUUCCGGAUAUGCGAUUAUCUUACUUUGAGUCAUGAUCGGGUCCUCAUACAUUGGGCGUGCACGAAGAUAAAGGUCUCCGUGGAUGAUGAGGAUACUCUGUGUCGCUUGAUCGUUGAAAAGUUGGGUGGUCGGGAGUCGGGGAUCUCGUACACAGAAGUCGCCAAAGUGGCGUAUGAUAGCGGGCAGAGGAAGUUAGCCACCAAGCUUUUGGACUAUGAGCCUCAGGCUGCGAACCAGGUUCCACUGUUGAUGGGUAUGGAGGAAGAUGAGGUGGCGUUGAUCAAGGCGAUUGAGAGUGGCGACACGGAUCUAGUGUAUCUGGUCAUGCUGCACAUGAAGCGAAAGCUAUCACCUGCCGAGUUCUUCCGAAUCAUCGGAGACAAGCCGCUUGCAUGCAAUCUACUCGAACUGUAUUGCAAGCAGCAGGAUCCGCAAUUGCUCCGCGACUUCUACUACCAGGAGGACAGACGGGUGGAUAGCGCCAAUGCUGCUAUAUCCGAGGGCUAUCAGACGCAGGACAUGCUCGAGCGCGUGAACAAAUUCAAAAUUGCACAGAAGCUCUACUCGGUCGAGAAGGAACGCGCUUUUGAGGCGAAGACGACGGAGGAUGAAGUCAAGCUUCUCCUCUUGCAGGACUCGCUACAGCGAGAUCUCGGGCAGGAGAUCGUAGGCCUUUCCGUCGUCGAAACAAUAGCAAAGCUACUGGAAUUGGGUGAAGCCAACAAAGCCGCGAAAGUGAAAUCUGACUUCAAGGUCUCGGAUAAGCGGUAUGUGUGA